GUAAGCCCAGCGAUGCCACUCCGCUCGCCCUCUCCGUCGGGGACUAUUUCCGGGCGAGCCUUCGCCCCGCCUCUUCGGAGAAACGCCACUUCCUACCCGAAAACGGUUGGAGAAACCCUGAGCGCACGCGCCUCAACCGCCAUGUUGGAGGUGGGUGGUCGCUCUUCCCGCCUCCCGCCUCCCGCCGCCGGCUCGGCAGUCUCGCGAUAUUUCCCUCUCCCGCGGGAGUUGUUUAAACGCUCUGGCGGUAACCACGCCCCGCGAGCUCCGCGGCCCGCAGCAGGGAGUCUGAGAGGACUCUGCGGACUUGGCUUGUGGUCAGUGGGUCCGGCUGCAGCCGAGCGCAGGCAGGACUGGUCCUCGCGGAGUCGCGCCACCAUGGGGGCCGAGAAGAGGCUGCUGUCCAUUAAGGAGGCCUUCCAGCUGGCGCAGCAGCCGCACCAGAACCAGGCGAAGCUGGUGGUGGCGCUGAGCCGCACCUACCGCACGAUGGAGGAUAAAACAGUUUUUCACGAGGAGUUCGUGCAUUACCUGAAAUAUGCUAUGGUGGUCUACAAACGUGAACCAGUUGUGGAGAGGGUGAUAGAAUUUGCAGCCAAGUUUGUUACUUCAUUUCACCAAUCAGAUGUGGAAGCCGAUGAAGAGGAAGACGGUGGACUUUUAAAUUACUUGUGUACUUUUCUGCUAAAGUCUCAUGAAGCAAACAGCAAUGCUGUUAGGUUUAGAGUAUGCCAGCUCAUAAACAAACUCUUGGGAAAUAUGCCAGAAAAUGCCCAGAUUGAUGAUGAUUUGUUUGAUAAGAUUAAUGAAGCCAUGCUUAUUAGAUUGAAAGAUAAAAUUCCAAAUGUGAGGAUACAGGCAGUUCUGGCUCUUUCAAGACUUCAGGAUCCCAAAGAUGAUGAAUGCCCAGUGGCUAAUGCAUAUGUUACUUUGAUUGAAAAUGAUUCAAAUCCAGAAGUUAGGAGAGCAGUGCUGUCAUGUAUUGUACCAUCAGCAAAGACUUUGUCAAAAAUUGUAGGACGCACCAAGGAUGUGAAAGAGGCUGUCAGAAAGCUGGCUUAUCAGGUUUUAGGUGAAAAGGUUCAUAUGAGAGCCAUGUCCAUUGCUCAGAGAGUAAUGCUCCUUCAACAAGGUCUUAAUGACAGAGCAGAGGCUGUGAAACAAGCAACACAAAAGCAUCUUCUGCAAGGCUGGCUGCGUUUCAGUGAAGGAAAUAUAUUAGAGUUGCUUCAUCGGUUGGAUGUGGAAAAUUCUUCUGAAGUGGCAGUCUCUGUUCUCAAUGCCUUAUUUUCAGUGACUCCUCUUAAUGAACUGGCAGAAAUCUGUAAAAAUAACGAUGACAGGAAAUUGAUUCCAGUGGAAACAUUAACUCCUGAAAAUGCUUUGUAUUGGCGUGUCCUUUGUGAAUAUUUGAGGUCAAAAGGAGAUGAAGGUGAAGAAUUUUUAGAGCAGAUUUUGCCAGAGCCUGUGAUAUUUGCAGAGUAUUUACUCAGUUAUAUUCAGAGCAUUCCGGUUGUUGAUGAUGAACGCAGAAAUGAUUUUUCUUACAUUGGACAUUUGAUGACAAAAGAGUUCAUAGGUCAGCAAUUGAUUCUAAUUAUCAAGUCUUUGGAUACUAAUGAAGAAGGAGGAAGGAAACGACUGCUGGCUAUUUUACAGGAGAUUCUUACUAUACCCACAACCCCAAUGUCCCUAAUUUCUUUUCUUGUUGAGAGACUGCUCCACAUCAUUAUAGAUGAUAAUAAGAGAACACAAAUUGUUACAGAAAUUAUCUCAGAGAUUCGGGCACCCAUUGUUACUGUUGGUGUUAAAAUUGAUCCAGCUGAUGCAAGAAAGAAAGAACUCAAGAUGGCUGAGAUAAAAGUUAAACUUAUUGAGACAAAAGAAGCUUUGGAAAAUUGCAUUACCCUACAGGAUUUUAAGCGAGCAUCAGAGUUAAAAGAAGAAAUAAAAGCAUUAGAAGAUGCCAGAGUAAACCUAUUGAAAGAGACAGAGCAGCUUGAAAUUAAAGAAGUCCAUAUAGAGAAGAAUGAUGCUGAGACACUACAGAAGUGUCUUAUUUUGUGUUAUGAACUGUUGAAACAGAUGUCCACUUCAACAGGGAUAAGCGCAACCAUGAAUGGCAUCAUUGAAUCUUUGAUUCUUCCUGGAAUAAUAAGUGUUCAUCCUGUAGUAAGAAAUCUGGCUGUUUUAUGUUUGGGAUGCUGUGGACUACAGAAUCAGAAUUUUGCAAGUAAACACUUUGUAUUGCUCUUACAGGUUUUGCAAAUUGAUGAUGUGACAAUAAAAAUGAGUGCUUUAAAGGCAAUCUUUGACCAACUGAUGACAUUUGGGAUUGAACCAUUUACAACUAAGAAAGUGAAAGCCGUUCAAAGUGAAGGUGUAGAAAUAAACACUGAUGAAGAGCAAGAAUCAAAAGAAGCUGAAGAAGUGACUGCCAUAGCCAAGAAUGUUCUGAAACUUCUCUCUGAUUUCCUAGAUAGCGAGGUGUCUGAACUCAGGACAGGAGCUGCAGAAGGACUAGCCAAGCUGAUGUUUUCUGGCCUGCUGGUCAGCAGCAGGAUUUUGUCUCGUCUUAUCUUGCUAUGGUACAAUCCUGUGACAGAAGAGGAUGUUCGACUUCGACAUUGUCUAGGCGUGUUCUUUCCCAUGUUUGCUUAUGCAAGCAGGACUAAUCAGGAAUGUUUUGAAGAAGCCUUUUUCCCAACUCUGCAAACACUGGCCAAUGCCCCUGCGUCUUCUCCUUUAGCUGAAAUAGAUAUCACGAAUGUUACUGAGUUACUGGUAGAUUUGACAAGACCAAGUGGAUUGCAUCCUAAGGCCAAGAAUUCCCCAGAUUAUCAGGCCUUAACAGUUCAUGACAAUUUGGCUAUAAAAAUUUGCAAUGAGAUCUUAACAUGUCCAUGUUCACCAGAAAUUCGGGUCUAUACAAAAGCCUUGAGUUCUUUAGAACUCAGUACCAAUCUUGCUAAAGAUCUUUUGGUUCUGUUGAAUGAGAUUCUGGAGCAAGUAAAAGACAGGAUAUGUCUGAGAGCUUUGGAGAAAAUCAAGAUGCAGUUAGAAAAAGGAAAUAAAAACUGUGGUGAGCAAGCUGUGGCAGCACAGGAUGCCAGCACAACCACGACUGUGUGUGAAAACGAAGAGGAAAAGAAUAAAGAAGUAUGUGUAACUCCUCUCAAGGAUGUAAAAGCAACCCGAGCUUCAAAAUCCACUCAGCGAAAGACUGUCAGAGGACGGAGAAAAGUGACAGCUGCAGCCAGGAUUAGCAGGAGACGACAGACUUCUGAGGCUGACUCGGCAAGUGAUCAUGAAGUUCCAGAGCCAGAAUCAGAAAUGAAGAUGAGAUUACCAAGACGAGCCAAAACAGCAGCACUAGCAAAAAGUAAACUGAACUUGGAGCAACUUCUCAAUGAAGAUAUAAAUUAGGCGAAGAGAUGAUGGAGGUGGAGUCCUUUUACAAAUGUCUUUUACAAUUAUUUUAGUUCUUUGUUUAAUAAACUUAACCCUUGUGUCAACAUUAGAAAAA